CAUACAUGCACUUAUUACCACAGAGUAGCCACUCUAUCUCAGUUAUACAUCCUGCCUCUAUGCAGGUUGAAUUCAAUUGUGAAAUUAUUGGCCGACAUUUGGGACGGAAAAAUAAUCCGCCGAAUAGGAAAAAUCACUCGCGCUUCGCGCUCGUUAUGGCGGACAUAUCCGAAGUGAGCAAAGCCGAAUCUAUGUCGAGAUCAUCCGAGCACGACAACGAUCGUUCUAAUCGUGAUACCGUGUCAGUGGCGACUACAAGUGGCAUUAAAUCAGCUCGGAUUUGCACUGAUUCAAAUGGAUUUAUUACGGUUCCUGUAUCAUUGCCAGUCGGUACCCUCGUGGCAGGUGAUUCCUUCAAUGUUAUUACAUCGGAUCAACUACCGCAAUUCAAACCAAUGCUAUGUGUAGAUAAUGGAUUCAUCUCGAGUACUAAUACCCUCGCAGAUGAUAUCAAGGCUACACAUAUCGUCAUUCAAAAUCCGCCUUCGCCUUCAAUUGAAGAACUAAAGGAGCAAGAAACCAGUUCGAGGUCAUCUCCUUCCAGCAGUCGGUCAUGGACAGAGUCCGCCAACAUGCCUAUAUUACCGAUAAGAUGUAAAAACACCUCAGCAGACUUGCAUAAAAACAAAUUAGGUUCUGGUGGACGUGGGAAAUGUAUAAAACACGGCUCGUCAUGGUAUACACCAAGUGAAUUUGAAGCAUUCUGUGGACGUGCCUCGAGUAAAGAUUGGAAGAGAUCCAUCCGAUAUGGGGGAAGAAGCCUACAGGCAUUAAUCGAAGAAGGCAUAUUGAAACCUCAUGCUACGAGCUGUACUUGUAGUGCAUGCUGUGAUGACCCUUCAGGUGAUCCUUCCACAGGUCCGGUGAGAUUGUUUGUUCCAUACAAAAGAAAGAAGCGGUCAAACACAGAUGGAGAAGAUAGCGUAGCUGAACCAAAGAAUGUUAAAGUAAAACAUGAAGAUGUAAUGAGUGAGCCAGAAGUGGAUAAUACGCAUCGAACCAACAAUAACAGUAACUCUAAAGAAGCAUGGCAGGCAAUAACUGAGGGACUAGACAACACUACUAAUUAUCAUUUGCUAGCAACUGCUGGACCUCCCCAAGCUACUAAUGCAUGUGCAAUGACCGAACCAAUUCUAAAGGAAAUAGAUUUGCAAGAAUUGGUGCCAGUUCAGAAGAAAAUGGAAGAACUGUCUCAGGCAGUUAUUAAAAUUUAUUCGGAAUUAAAUCUAUGUAAAGAGAACAUUAAAGCUAUAACUAGUAGAUUUCUUGAGCGGUUGGAACAAGAACGCGCUUCUUCAUUACUUACUACCAAUGUGCCAGCACAAGCUGAAUCUGAUCAAGUGUCCUUGCAAAAUACUGAAGAUGAAGAUAAUAAAGCGUGCGCAAAUUGCAACCGCGAAGCGUCAGCAGAAUGUUCUCUUUGCCGUAGAACUCCAUACUGCUCCACUUGGUGCCAGAAAAAAGACUGGGCUGCACAUCAGAUAGAGUGCCUACGCCACGCUCCAGCUUUGCACACGGACGGCUCUCAACACCAAUCCAUAAUGCUUAUCGUAGAGAGUCAACACUAGUGAAACUGAAUAAGUGAAUAUUUGUAUUUAUAGUUUUAUUGUUGUUCACUUGUUCAUACAUACUUAACCUAAUUUCUAUUUUACUUUCUUCAAUUGCUUUGUUUCUGUGCCCCCUGCGGCUAGUCUUCGACAGUAAAAUUUUUUUUUCUCAAAGUACCAAUGUAGAUGUAGCUAUUAUACUAAGUAAAUUUUCGUCAUAACAAUUUCUGUCAUAUUUAAAUGAACCGUAUUUUCCGUUUUGUGUGAAUUCUUCACCAUGUGAUAAAGAUAUUUUAAUUGGAUCAAGGUACAUUUUUUGUAACACAAAAAAGUUAUGAAAUUUUUUAUCCUUUCAAAAGCUUAUUGGAUUUAAAACUUAAAAUUUAGUUAAUUUAUGUAUUUUCAAGAACAAUUGUUUUCAAAGACAUUUCAAAGAUUGUGUUUUGUGUGAUGAUUAUAAUUUUAAUGAAUUUUUAUUUUUUAUUUAAUGAGAAAUAUGUAAUGAAUAAAUUAUCACGAUGUAGAUUUUAAAAAUAUAAUCGCAAUUUAUUAUGAUAGUUUUAGUUCGUUAAUUUUUGAGUUUUUAAACAACAUUGUUAUUAGAUAUAGAUUGAGCAUCGGUGUGGUGCUUAAAUUGGGUAUUCUGCAAACUAUGGUAUUUCUGAUAAUGUAUAUAUAUCUUAUAAAAUAUACAAAAAUAAAUUAA